AUGUACUUUGAAAAUAAAAAGAGAUCUGGUGGCGGGGCCAUCGAGUCCUACCUCAGAAAGGAUCAGCAAGUGAUCCUCACCUUUCAGGAUGAGGAAGAUGCCCAAGAAGUUUUGCGAAGGAAGCAUCACUCAGUGAAGAAAAUUGAUCUGCUCGUGAGGCCAUGGCAAGUGGAGGACUCUCAAGGAUCCCUGUCUUCCACUGUAGUUGUGCUUGAAAAUGUGCAGGAGGCAGUAAAAGAUUGCAUGUUAAUUAUGCUGGUAGAGAACAUCAGUGGCCUGUCAGAGGAUGAUGGUGACUUCAGCGUGGAAAUGAUACCUGAAAUACAUGCUGCUGCAGUUACUUUUACUGGAAAUACUGUUGCAGGGGAAUUUGCUAAAAAGCUUAAUCAAAACCACAGAGCAAAGCAACAAAAUAUUACUGCACGGUGCCUUGAGCUAACAAGAAGCAUUAGGGCUGAAAAUAUACCACCCAACACACCUAAUGACUAUAUAACCAUCUACUUUGAAAACAAGAAGAACGGAGGUGCACAAGUGGUGAAUGUUGAGCAGCUGCCUGAUGAAGAUGCAGCUAUCGUUACAUUCAGUGACCAUAAAGAUGUAACCAAUAUCUUGGCAAAGCAGCAUUCCUUCAACAAAACACCAGUCUCUGUCUAUCCAUACUACAUCUCACUGGGAACAGCUCUAUAUGGAAAGCAAGGGCCACAAAUAAAGAAGCCGGAUCCAAUUACAGUGCCUCUGGAUCCGUAUAUCUGGAGUUACUUGCAGAGAAAUGCUAGGCUAAUUGAGGCAAUAAGUUGCGAAAUGGCAAAGUGCAAUUGUGAGCUAACAUGGCCUGAACCCAGCUGUGCAGAUCCAAAAGUUACUUUGCAUCCUUCAGCUGCUUUGUCUCAGCAGAAGAGAUUAGUAUCUCGAUUGAUCAAGACAUGGAAUGAAAAUGUUUCCACGGCAUUUUCACAUAGCGUAUCGAAGUACAAAGCAAUUAAAUGUCAAGUAAGUGCAGAGGUGUGGGAAACCAUCAGAAACAACUUUACCCACAAUGAAGUUCUGAUAAUCCCAGAUAUUUCCAAGGAUUUACUUGUUCUAGUAGGCGAAAAAGAAGUCGUGAAGAAUGUUGAACAAGAACUGAAGUUUCUGAUAGAAAAGGCCACCAGAGAAAUUGAAAGAGAAAAGCAAAGAACUGAGGAAAUGAUGGUAAUGGGUUCAGGGGAAUAUGCAAUUUUACAGAGUACUGGUCUUGAGGAAAAAAUUCGUACGGAGUUCCCAGCCCUGCAGAUAACUUACGAUCAUUUGCUGAAGGUAGUUAGCCUAUGUGGAGUGCCUGAGGAAGUUUAUAAAGUAAAAGGGGAAAUACUAGAUAAUAUACACAAAAUGGCAAAGAAAACAGUUAGUAUACACCCUUUCAUUUUCCAUUUUUUAGAGCAUAUUGAUAAUGAAACCCUGUCACAGAGCCUGUUUAUGUCAAAACAAAUUAGUGCCUUUUAUGAGCUUGGCACAGACGCUAUCAUCUUGAAAGGGAGUGCACCUGAAGAUCUCCUAAAAGCAGAAGAAGAAAUAAAGAAAGAACUGAACUACAAGAGCAUUACUUUGGAGGAUGAGUCAAUCCUCCAGAAGAGGGAAUGGACGUUGCUCACCAAGCGAAACUGCUCUAAUGAAGCUGUAACAGUCACUCAGGCAGAGAGUCAGGUCAUCAUUGCUGGUUUUUCUCAAGCAGUAGAAAAAGCCUUUGAGGAACUUUUUGAUUUUGUAGAUGAGAACACGCAAGUGCAAAAGGUCAUCGGAGAAAAGCCUAUGGUGGUCAUAAUGUUUUUUGAGAAAGAGAAGACCAAUGUUUGGGGUGACUUACAGAAUAAAGGUGUGAAAGUUGACUUUAGCACACAGAGGAAAUGUAGAGUUAUAUCCUUGAGUGGGCCAAGGAGGCAAGUGCUGAAGGGAGUCACCUUAGUUGAGCAAACUCUGUCUGGCCUGCAUCAUAAGCGUGUGGUAAUUAGAGAGCCAGGAGCCAAGUCAUAUUUCAAAGAGCGAGAACACUUUUUUGCUGCCAGCGUGAAACAAGACUUCAGUUGUCUAGUCAGGCUGGAGGACCCAUCAGAAGAAGAGCUGGAAGAACAGCAAGAACAUAGUAACACAGGCAAGCCCUAUAGGCAGGUGACCAUAGGUGGGAUUGUAAUAGCGGUUUAUAAAGCUGACUUGUGUAAUUACCCGGUUGAUGUUGUGGUGAACGCGUCUAACGAAGACUUACGGCACAUCGGUGGCCUUGCUGAUGCGCUGCUGAAAGCAGCUGGCCCAGAGCUGCAACAGGAGUGUGAGGAGCUGGUGAGGAAGCACGGGAGUUUGCAGCCUGGGUGUGCGGUUAUCACGGGCGCCGGGAAACUCCCCUGCAAGAACGUCAUCCAUGCUGUUGGGCCCAGGUGGAGGAAGGAUGAGGCAGAAGAAUGCGUGCGCUUGUUAAGAAGGACGGUCAAGAAAAGCGUGCAGCUAGCUGAAACGUACAAUUAUCGUUCCAUAGCUCUGCCCGCUAUAAGCGGAGGGAUUUUUGGUUUCCCACUGGAACUGUGUACAUAUUCGAUUGUAUCUUCCAUCAAGGAGACCUUGGAAGAAUCCAUGGGAGACAGCAGCUUAAAAGAGGUUCAUCUCGUGGAUAUUUCACAGAAUAACAUUCAGGCUUUCAGCAAGGCACUGGGAGAAGUGUUUCCAGAUUGUUCACCUUCCUACAGUUCACUGCAUCAGACCAGUACAGUUCCUCAGCCUAGGAAAAGAAAAUUCUCUCAAAAGAGCGAAAACUUCCCAAUGGUAACAACAGAGGAAGGCCUUGAUAUCAUGCUGAAAAAAGGAAGCAUUGAAGAUGCUACAACAGACAUUGUCGUCAUCAGUGUUGCCAAAGAUCUCCAGCUUGAUAAAGGGCCGCUCUCUAAAGCUUUGCUAAGCAGGGCAGGGCCAAUGCUUCAGACACGCUUAAAAGAAGAGGGCCUAGAAAAAACACCUGAGGAAGGAUGUGUGUUGAAAACAGAAGGCUACAAUCUGGGUUGCAGUGUUGUGCUUCAUGCUGUCGUACCUGCAUGGUCCAGUAAACACGCAUCUUUAAAGGUCUUGGGUGACAUCAUCACAAAAUGCCUGGAGAUUGCUGAGGAACUAUCUUUGAAGUCAAUUACUUUCCCAGCAAUUGGGACAGGGAAUUUAGGAUUCCCAAGGUCUAUUGUUGCUAAAUUACUGUUUGACAAAGUGUUUGAAUUCAGUAGUAAAACCGAAAUAAAUUCUCUUGAGGAAGUUCACUUUCUGUUGCACCCAAAAGACGCAGAUAAUAUUCGGGAAUUUUCAGAUGAAUUUGAGAACAGAUGUGGAAAUACUGUAGAAGCUGAACUGGGGAAGACUUCUCCAAAUGAGGCUAGCCAAGGCACAG